UUGCAGAAAUUAGAGAGCGGAGAAUCGGGAAUUGCUAGUGCUGCUGAAGAGCGAAACGAACGUGCUGGUGCGGUUCCUUCAGCUGCUCGAGAUCCGGAUUGUUUUGAUCGAGAACGAGUGCGAGACGCAACUCGAAGUGCUCGAGAACGAGACAACUACUGUUGUGUGCCAUCGGCAAUGGCCAGUAGUAUCGCGACAGGUGCAAGUGCUCAUCACCCUCCUCCUCAACAAAUCACUGCACUGAAUACGCCAUCGUCAUCCGCAGCCAGCAGCGCAUCCUCGCACCAUCAUCAUCACAAUAACACCGUUGCGAUUUGUAGCAAUCAACCGUCAACUGGUAAUCAAGCACCAACCACUACGAUGUCUUCACAUCAUGGACCUGCUCAUCCUUCAAGUUCUCACCAUACAAGUGGUACUUCAUCGCACGGUGCUCAUCGAACGGGUUUGUCGUCAUCUCGUGUACAAGGUCGAUCGAGAACUGCUGAUGAUCCACACAUUGGCAAAUAUAAAUUGCUUAAAACGAUAGGAAAAGGCAAUUUUGCGAAGGUAAAAUUAGCGAAGCACAUACCGACGGGUAUCGAAGUAGCCAUCAAGAUUAUCGACAAGACGGCGCUUAAUCCGAGUAGUCUACAUAAGCUUUUCCGUGAAGUGAAAAUUAUGAAGCAACUUGAUCAUCCGAAUAUAGUGAAACUUUAUCAAGUGAUGGAAACCGAUCAGACAUUGUACCUCGUCAUGGAAUAUGCAAGCGGCGGUGAGGUGUUUGAUUAUUUGGUGGCACAUGGUCGUAUGAAAGAGAAGGAGGCGCGUGCCAAGUUUAGACAAAUUGUGUCGGCUGUUCAGUAUUUGCACCAAAAGAGUAUUAUUCAUAGGGAUUUAAAGGCGGAGAAUUUAUUGCUCGAUUCGGAUAUGAAUAUAAAGAUAGCUGAUUUUGGAUUUAGCAAUCAAUUUGUUGUAGGUAAUAAAUUAGAUACAUUUUGCGGCAGUCCACCGUAUGCGGCACCUGAGCUAUUCCAAGGUAAAAAAUACGAUGGUCCUGAGGUGGACGUAUGGAGCUUGGGCGUUAUCCUUUACACACUAGUCUCUGGAAGUUUGCCUUUCGAUGGUCAAAAUUUAAAGGAGCUCCGCGAAAGGGUGUUGCGAGGAAAAUACCGCAUACCAUUUUAUAUGUCGACCGACUGUGAAAAUCUCUUGAAGAAGUUUUUGGUACUGAAUCCAGCACGACGAGGCACCCUUGAAACGAUCAUGAAGGAUCGAUGGAUGAACAUUGGGUAUGAAGAAGAUGAAUUAAAGCCUUUUAUUGAGCCGAAACGCGAUAUCAAAGAUGAGAAUAGAAUUAAUAAAAUGCAACAAAUGGGAUAUAAUCGGAAUGCGAUUAUAAACUCUCUGGAAAAGGGUAGUUUCGAUGAUCUACACGCCACUUAUAUACUGCUUGGCGAGAAAAAACAAGAGUUGGAGAGUAAUGAAGCGCUUGUGAACGGUAAUGCAGCGUUGGUAUCGACACACAACGUUUCGGUGGGUGUCACGCCACAUACCAUAAAUCCUCAACAAUCUCAGAUUUCACACGGUCAAUCCACACAGUCGCCACAAAAGUAUACGCCUCGUUCAAUGUCCGCACAAGUGCCGUCGAAUAAGGGCGUUCGACGAAGCUCGCAGAACGAUGGACAGUCGCAGUUGAACUCGGGUGUAUCGCCAUCGCCAGCCGUCAUCGGUAUGGGUGAAAUGCAUCAGCCGGUUGGUGGCGUUGGUGGUCCAGUGUCGGCGACGGUCACUCCUCAUGCGGCACCCCGAAAUGUGAAUGCGAUCGCGCAAGUGGCGCUGAGGCAAUGCGCUGUGACGCCGACAACACGACAAGCGCUUAGCAUGCAGCCUACUGGACAUAUGUUGCAAACUUAUGGUCAGAAUAUGAUCGCCACAGGCGGGAGUGGUGUUCGUGCAGGUACUGUUGCGGUACCGGGAUCACGAAAAACCUCAGCACCAGGUCGAGUCCCGCUAGCGAAAUUGGCUACAAGAGCAUCGGAUGCUCAACGAUAUACGUUCCAGCCAUCUGAGCCGAAGGGAUCACCGUUGAUGAGCGGGUCGUCGUCGGCUCGUGGUGCGCCAACGUCGUCGAUUACGGGCGGUGUUCCAGCUUCCGCGGUUCAGUCAUCGACAGCAGCAGCAGCAGGCCAGCCGAGAAAUUCGAUCGGUUUAACGAAUAUCACGAAUGCACCCCCGUUGCCUCCACUACAGAAGAGUGGUUCAAUUUCGACGCCACCCCACGAGCCUUCGAUCAAAGAGGACGAAGAUGAAAACAGUGAAUCUUCGGCACUGAUUGCUACCCCGCGAAGUACUGCAGUCGGAACUGGAACAACAACAGCAACAACAAUACCAGCGGGAGCGGUCUGCACCACCCAGAUACCGAUGAUUGGCAUUUCUACGGUUCAAUCAACGAUUUCCGGUAAUACGACAGCGUCGAAUUCCACGAAUGUUGUGUCGAAUUCGGCUACGAACGAUGCAAUUAGUCAGCUGCAAGCUGAGAAUAAGAACCAAUCGUUUUCGCACAAAGUGCUUGAUAAUUGCAGAUCAUCCCUUCAUCAAAGUCCUUCAAUGCCACCGACCAUAAUGAAAACGAUGGCCGCCAAUGACUCAUCGUCGAUGGGUGGCGGCUCAUCGCGAAGUGGCAGUCCCAAAAUGACGAAAUCCUCAACUGGCAACCCGUUGGUACCAACGAACACCUCGUCGAUAACGCAACAGGUAUGUCGUUCCUAUGUAACUGCUGAAGCGUUUGUUAGGAACCAACGUUGUCUGCAAGCAACGACCCUUCAAGGAGGGCAACCCAUAGCGCUUAGCGCACAAAAUACGCCGAAUGCAGCCGCCAUGCAAAAUUCUGCCUUUCCACGGCAUACGCGGAAUAGGCAGACAUUUCAUGGCAAAACUGAGCACAAUAGGGCAGGCUUCGAAGACGACGAAGGCGACGCAGAAAUGAAUCAUCCGAGUGCGCAAACAGCGAACAACGGCGGUCCUCGGGGUUCAUUUCUUUCGAAAUUGACGAAACUCACACGACGCACACCAAUAAUGGGCAUUUCGGAAGGCUCAGCAAUGACCGGCACUGGAGGUGUUGGAGCUGCGUCAACUGCUCAGCCAAUUGCAACGAUCACCACGCCAACAUCUGCGACCGUUAGCGCCGCUUCUGGUGCUUCGAAUAGUUCCGGAACUGGUGGACUCCAUUCGGGAAGUGGCGCGACAGUGACUCGAGGUGCCACGAUCGGUCCAUCAACCGGUGGAGCUGCAAUGGCCCAAAUGUUCGCUGCGGCCGCGCAACAUCAUGCCGCAAAUGCAGCCCCUGGAAGUCUGUUCCAUCAGCAAACGCAUCCGGGCGCACCCGGCGCCACGCACAUAACCUCUGCAACGAAUCAGACAGCGGGCGCAGGAGAUGAAGUGAAGCCGAGAUCGCUAAGGUUCACAUGGAGUAUGAAAACGACAAGUUCGUUAGCACCUGAGGAAAUGAUGAAGGAAAUUCGUAAAGUUUUGGAUCAGAAUAACUGUGAUUAUGAGCAACGGGAGCGAUAUUUGUUGUUGUGUGUACACGGUGACCCGAACACAGAUUCUCUAGUUCAAUGGGAGAUGGAGGUUUGCAAACUUCCACGAUUGAGUUUGAAUGGCGUACGUUUCAAGCGUAUAUCAGGCACAUCAAUUGGUUUUAAGAAUAUUGCGUCGAAAAUUGCACAAGAUUUGAAUCUUUGA